AUGUUUCAUCUCGCAUUCAUCCGUGUUUCGGCCAUUUCCGAGACACAAACCGCCGUUCGGAGUGAAAUUUCGGCGCACGGCAAAACGUCAACAGAGUGUGACAUUUGGAAAAAGUGGAAAAUUCUCGCCUUCUGCGUGAUUUUCCCCAGACAGAACCGCACAAGCAUGUUAACCAGUGAUCUCGCGCUCUAUUCCAUCCUUGGGGUGAUUCUCCUCGAGAAUUCUGUUGAGAUUUACCUCAAUUGGCGCCAGAUUCGCGUGUACAAGACUGCCAGGAAGAUUCCGCGGGAGCUGGACGAUGUCAUCACGGAGGAGACAUUCCACAAGGCGCGCGUGUAUGGCCUGGACAAGGAGGAGUUCAAUGUGAUCCAGUCAAUUGUCAUGCAACUCUUCAUCGUUCCACUUGAGCUCUAUCUCGGCUUCUUCGCCUACGUCUGGGCGCUCUCGGAGGACUUCACGAGCCGCCUGCUGGACAGCACCAGUGAGAUCUACGUGAGCUGCAUGUUCGUGCUGGUGCUGACCGUCAUCAGCACCGUGAAGGCGCUGCCCUUCAAGGUGUAUCGCACGUUUGUGCUGGAGGAGCGCCACGGCUUCAACAAGCAGACGCCGGGCUUCUUCGUCAAGGACCAGGUGAAGAGCUUCGUGGUGGCCAGCGUGAUCUCGCUGCCCAUCGUGGCGGCCGUCGUGGCCAUCGUGCAGAGCGGGGGCGACUACUUCUUCGUCUGGCUCUGGCUCUUCACCAGCGCCGUCACGCUGCUCCUCAUGACACUCUAUCCCAGCCUCAUAGCGCCCCUCUUCGACAAGUACCGCCCACUGGACGAAGGCCCGCUGCGCAAGAGCAUCGAGGAGCUGGCGGCGUCGCUCAAGUUCCCACUCAAGCAGCUCUACGUCGUCGAAGGCUCGAAGCGCAGCGCACACAGCAACGCCUACUUCUACGGCCUGUGGGGCUCCAAGCGCAUCGUGCUGUUCGACACGCUGCUGCUCAACAAGGGCGCCGCCACGGACGAGGGCCUCGCGGAGGAGGAGAAGGGCCGCGGCUGUGAGGACAGCGAAGUCCUGGCCGUGCUGGGACACGAGCUCGGCCACUGGAAGCUUGGCCACAUCACCAAGAACCUCGUCAUCAUGCAGGUUCACCUGUUCUUGCUGUUCAGCGCCUUCGCCUGGCUCUUCCGCACGCCCGUGCUGUACCAGGCGCUGGGAUUUCCCGUGGGCGUGCAGCCCGUGCUGAUCGGGCUGCUGGUGGUGUUCACGUACGUCCUGGCGCCCUACAACGCCGUCAUCAACUUCGCCAUGACCACGCUGUCGCGCCGCUUUGAGUAUCAAGCGGACGCUUUUGCGCAGAAGCUCGGCUUCGCCACGGAACUCGGCAAGGCGCUGGUGAAGCUUAACGUGGACAACCUUGGCUUUCCCGUCUACGACUGGCUCUACUCCGCAUGGAAUCACUCGCACCCAACGCUGCUGCAGCGCCUGGAUGCGCUCAAGAAGAAGACCAAGUGAGAUUGAACGUAAAAGCAUUUAAUAAAGCGCCUGUCAGUCGUCCGUGUUGAAUUUGCGCAGCACGUUGAGCAGGAAGUG